CCAAUGAAAGGUGCAGAACACUACUCGGUGAGUUCCACCGAUGACCAUUCGUGGAAGAGCUAUUGUGCAUUGGGUUUGUGUGGCACGAGAGGGGAAACGAACUCGAGUUCGGAUUCGAUGAGACGAAACAGCGAUUUGUGAAAGAAUGACGAACAACAAAUGAAAAAAAAAAAACUCGUGCACCGCUGUUGAAAAAGGCCUUGUGGAACACUCGCAAAGGGUCCAUCGAUUUUGGUCCAAAGCGUCGUUUGUACGGUACCGUACCGUACCAUUCCGUCCGACCGCCCCCCGUUGUGAAAAUAAUUUGGCCUCAUCGAACGGUUCUCCGCGUUCGGGUGCCACGGUACCGUACGGGUUGACGUGACACGUCCGAGGUCGCAAGCAGGGGUUCGGAAUCGGUUUGCGGAAGGGCCUCGGGCGACGCCGGGGGCGGGAGGAAGGCCUAAAAAUAAGGCCUUAUCCAAAACCCCUUCACAACAAUUCCGCGCGGUGUGAGAAUCCCGUAUCGCGGCAGUAGCAGUUGCGUCGUCCUUCGCGACGGGUGCGGGCGGUGCGAUCCCCGCGCUCCGUCGCAACACUGGUACUGUCUGUACCGUACGGUGCGCAGACUACUGUUACGGCACCGGUUCGGAAACUACCCGAAGUUCUGUUCUUCGCUGCGCGGCCGAACCUUCCCAUCCACCAGAUCGGGAGCGAACGAUUGCGUCAGAAUUGUUUUUUUGAAAAAGGAAGGAGCUCGAAGAAUUUCGAGCCGUGCGACACAGUAGCGCCAGACGGUCGAAACGGUGGGCACCCGAAUUAAAUUUGACCUCUCGGUGUGCCUCGUACGCAACUUGGACGCGGUUCUCCGUUCGACACCAAAGCAUGUCCUAGAGGACGUUAUUGGAACAGUUAUGACGGCGUCGCAUUUCGCGACAGAUGGGAUUGGUCGAGAAAAAAAAAAACCCACAUCGUUAAAUAGCAUCACUCGCACCAGUACAUCUUGAUCGUUCCAAAUUUGGAGACGAGAAACACACACAUAGUAAAAACAGUAUCAAAGUGUGACACGGAUACGUCACUCUACGUCAUUCUUGAAGCUCCUCGAAAUUAGGAAGCGAUUGGAAUAUAUUCCUUUGUCUUCCUCGUUGUUACCGUACCGUACAUUAUCGUACAAUACUGUACCAUAGUGAUUCUUCUCCCUCGUCCAAAGCGGCAGUUGGACCGACACGUACGUACCCACGACGAAACUACAAGCUUCCAUUAGUGCUGCAUGGGGGUUGUAGUACAUGAUUUUUUUUUAACGUAACCUUUGCCGUAGAUUGGAUCUUUUGGGUAGUACCGUGAAAUUAUCACGAAAAACUUCUAUCACUCGCGGUGACACUUUCUCGUCAUUUUUGCACAUAUUUCCAUUGCACAAUUCAAGGAUACAAACAUCAUCAUGGUCGAAGCAGACAACUCUCCCUCCAAGCCCAACAGCGAAAACCCAGUGGUUUUGGUUCUCGGCGGAACCACCAUUGCAUUCCUCAUCGCCACAAUCGUGCUGGCGGUGCAGAAGAACAACCUCUCGGCGGAAUCCUCAUCGGCAGCCCUCGAGGUCCCCAUGUCGAACGUCCCCGACAACAAGUUCUACGACAUUGCCUCGAUCUUUUCCCUCGGAGACAACAAGUGCGACGGAACCAACCCCAAGUUCGACAAUGUGGACUGCAUCCACGUCCCCGGUCCGCAGGCCGGAGCCAACGUGACCAAGGGAUAUGUUGGUGGACUCGAAAGUACGUAUCGCAUUUGGACUAUCGAAGCAGCAAUGCGCAAAGAAUGCGUGUCCUCGCAUGCUUUGCGUGGAAUCCAUGGAUGGCUUUUUCUCUAACCUCUUGUUUUCUCGGACUCGCUAAAAUCCCAAUCCACCGAAUCUCUCUCCAACAGCCGAUGUCGAACCCAACCUCAAGAACUACUGGCAGACCGCCAUGUGCCCGGUCAACGUCCACUGGCACUUGGGAACCGAGCACUACUCGGUUGGUGAGUACGACGAGAACGGAAACGGACCCCACGGCAACGUCGGCCUCGAGCCGGAAUCCGGAGACGCCGAGUCCUACCACGAUGGACACACCGAGGGCGUCAAGGACUUUGCCAACAUGACCGACGACGAGGUCGACUCCCGUUUCCUCGCGGCCGAGGACCACGAAGUCCGUGGAGGAUUCCGUUGCCACCACUACGACGAAAACGACGAGAAGUUCACCAAGCCCUACGAAUGGAAGCACUGCGUGCACAUGGAAGUCGGUGAAACCUACGAGGUCCACUGGCCCCACUCCGCUGCCGGGGCCUGCGGAACCGUCGACCAGUACCAGACCCCCUUUUACGACGGUGUCUUUUGCAACCUCGAUCUCGAGACCUUUUCCACCCUCGGUCCCCAGGACAUUGCCUCGGCGGUCGGUGUCCAGGCACAGAUCUUUACCAUUGUCAACGACGAGUCCUACUUUUACCCCGAUCUGAUCCGCGGAUGGAUCGUCGACGAGCAGGAGAACAUGGGCCAGGACGUUGCCUACUACACCGGAAGCACCACCGGUACCUCCCGAAACAACGACAUCUGCUCCGCCUACACACCCAUCACCUGGCAGGUCGACCGCAAGUGCCACAUGAUCUCCGCCUCGAGCUUUGACAAGCUCUGCUACGACAUGAAGCUCCAGCGCGACGACAUGUCCAAGGACCUCCACGCCCACGGAUCCCGGGAACUCGUCAAGGACUCGCUCGUUGCCAACAACCAGGCCCGCCAGCUCCACGAACACGAACCCGUCACCGGCGGAGACGAGAGCGAGCUCACCGCAGAGCAGUUGCGCCACCUCCGCACCUACGGCCAUUACCACAAAUCCAGCGACCAUCAAGAAUGGUACUAAACAAAAAACACGUGCAUGUUUU